AUGUUCUGCCCAAAGUGCGAACAGGUGUAUUCCGCAAAGAGCAAGUACAGGGAGGUCGAUGGCGCUUACUUCGGGAUGUCCUUUCCGCAAAUCUUUCUGCAGACCUACCCGUCGCUGAUGCCGCUUGACAUCCCCAGGCACUGGCAGUAA